GGGAUGGACAAGCUGAAGAAGGUGCUGAGCGGGCAGGACGCCGAGGACCGGGGCGGCCUGUCCGAGGUUGUUGAGGCAUCUUCAUUAAGCUGGGGUACCAGAAUAAAAGGCUUCAUCGCGUGUUUUGCUAUUGGAAUUCUCUGCUCACUGCUGGGUACUUUCCUGCUAUGGGUGCCCAGGAAGGGCCUACACCUCUUUGCAGUGUUUUACACUUUUGGUAACAUCGCAUCAAUUGGGAGUACCAUCUUCCUCAUGGGACCGAUGAAUCAGCUGAAGCGAAUGUUUGAGCCUACGCGUUUGAUCGCAACUAUCCUGGUGCUGUUGUGUUUUGCACUUACUCUGUGUUCUGCUUUUUGGUGGCAUAACAAGGGACUUGCGCUCAUCUUCUGCAUUUUGCAGUCUUUGGCCUUGACGUGGUACAGCCUUUCUUUCAUACCAUUUGCAAGGGAUGCUGUGAAGAAGUGUUUUGCUGUGUGUCUUACAUAAUACACGGUCAGUUUUGCAAAGCUUUGGAAGGCACUAUGGACAGAAGCUGGUGGACAAUUUUGUAAAUAUCUUCUAAACUUCUCUCUUACAGACAUGUGCCUUUUAUCUUGCAGCAAUGUGUUGCUUGUGAUUUGAACAUUUGAGGGUUUCUUUUGGAAGCAACACCAUGUCUCAAAUCCAGAUGUCUAUAGCACACUGAGAGGUGGGUUCUGUAUCUUACGGAGUGGAACCUUCUUCAUGCACCCGUGUCCUCUUUGGAUGGUGUCCCACUGAAUUCUCAUAAAUGAAAACCUUGUUACGUAGCAGCAGAUAAGCCUGGUGAGUGAGUGAUUCCACGGAGGUGAGAG